AUGAUUUCAAAACUAAGAGCAGUCCGAGCAGGACAGAGAAGUGCAGUAACUAGACUUUUGAAAAGACUGGAUGAGGAAAACACAGAUUCAGAGGAUAUUGAAACAAUUCUGGAUACACUGACAGAAAAGCAAGAAGUUCUCAGAGAUCUUGAUGAAAAAAUCUUAACAGAAACAGCAGAGGAGGAAACUGAGAAAGAAAUACUGGAGACAGAUGAGUACAAUUUGAAUCUAAAUUCUAAAAUGCGGAAAUUUAAAAAACAACUGUUAGUACAGAAAUCAAGUUUAAAUGCAACUGCCACCAGUUACUCACACCACAAUGAGAAUUCGCAAUUCGGAGAGAAUGGUCAGUCAUCACAUAAUUUCAGUGAAAAUUCCAGAGCUAUAAGCUUUCAUUCUAAUUCCAAUUCCAGUAACAGUUCUAACUUUCACAAAUUACCAAAACUGAACUUGCCUAUUUUUGAGGGAAAUGUGUUGGAGUGGCAGUCAUUCUGGGAUUCAUUUGAUUCAGCUAUUCAUAGCAACAACACGUUGACUGAAGUACAGAAGUUUAACUAUUUAAAGUCGUUAGUAGAGGGAGAGGCAUCAAACACCAUUGCAGGAUUUGCACUCACACAUUCCAAUUACAACAGAGCGAUUGAACUUCUACACGAAAGGUUUGGACAAAAACACAAGAUAAUUCAGUCCUACAUGCAAGCACUUUUAGAACUACCUGCUCCCAAGAAUAAUCUCACAAGCCUUCGUCAUUUUCAUGACCAAGUGGAGACAUAUGUCAGAGGAUUGGAAUCCUAUGGUCAAGCUCAAGAGACAUAUGGUUCACUUCUUGUACCUGUGAUUCUUAAUAAAUUACCUAGUGAAUUACGCAAAAAUUUGGCUCGUGAGCAUGGAUCCACCAAUUGGUUAUUAGGUGACUUGAGAAAUAGUCUUUACAGGGAACUUGAAAUAUUAGAAGCUGGAGCAAGUAUUGAUGCAACAGAACCAAGCGCAACAGCUACCUUUUAUACCCACUCAAAGUCCAGUAACAAGCAACUUCAACGUAACUCUAGUCCUAGGAAACCUCAGGUAUCCUGUGCAUUUUGCAAGGAGUCACAUCGUUCAAAUGAUUGUACAAAAUACAAAAAUUUCAAUGACCGCAUGAGAAUCGUCAAACGAGACAAGUUAUGUUUUAACUGUUUAGGCAGGCAUCGUGUUGCAGAUUGUCAAUCUAAAUUCAAUUGCAAAACUUGCAAAAAACGUCACCACACAAGUUUGUGCUCAAAUCACGAGGAAGUCAAACCCAUUAAGGAGAGUAUCCCUUCAUUUCAAUCAAAGAUUACAGAAAGAACUGAAACAUCAGUGAUGCACUCAUCUUCACAUAGAGAUCAACCAAAUGUUUUGUUACAAACUGCAGUUGCUCCUGUCACAUUUGGAAAACUAACAACUGAUGCUAAUAUUCUGUUUGAUGAAGGAGCUCAAAGAUCAUUUAUCUCUAGGAGUUUGGCUGACAAGAUAGAAUUAACACCAACAGGAUACGAGGAUAUCAACAUUCUUGGAUUUGGGGAUUCAGGAAAAGACAAAAGAGUUCAAAAGUUACAGACAGCUCUAAUCAAGGUCCAAACUAUACAGAGAGAAGAAAUACCUGUCAAAGUCUUGGUGGUCCCGGAGAUAGCAGCUCCAAUUAAAACGCAUGUAGAGACUGCAGCAAAAUUAUCGCAUUUAAGGAAUUUGAGAUUGGCACAUCCUGUUGCCCAAGAUGAUGCAUUCCAAAUUGAAUUACUUAUUGGAGCAGAUCAGUACUGGAAUUUGGUGGAGGAUGAGAUAGUUAGAGGAAAGGGUCCAACAGCCAUCAAAUCCAAACUUGGAUAUUUACUUUCCGGACCAUUAUAUGGAUCACAAUUCCAUGUAGUUGAAUACAACACAUCAAUGAUGAAUGUUAUGGUGUCACACAAAAUGGAGGAACACAAUAUUGAGAAGUUUUGGCAGAUUGAGGCAAUUGGAUCUGAGAAAGAGUAUGAGGAAUCAAGUAACCAGGAUUUUCACCUAUCAUAUGAGAAGGAUUCCAUACGAUUUCAAGACAAUCGCUACCAUGUAAGGCUCCCAUGGAAAGAGGACCAUCCUACAUUGCCCUUAAAUAAAGAUAAAGCAUACCAUAGAACGGUCAGUGUUAUAAAUCGCCUCAAAAUGGAACCCAAAAUGCUAAUCAAAUAUGGGGAAAUAAUUGCUGAACAGGAGAGACGCGGCUUCAUAGAAAAGGUAGACAGCAAACUUCCAACAAAUCGUAAAGUUCACUUCAUACCGCAUUUCCCAGUAAAAAAGGAUUCAGUUACAACUCCUGUAAGGAUAGUAUAUGAUUGUAGCUGUCAUGAAACGCCUAACACUGCAUCUCUGAAUGAUUGUUUAAUGAACAUCCCACCACAAUUGAAUGAUAUUGCUUCGAUAUUACUAAGAUUUCGUCUCAACAAAUACGCGGUGACAACAGACAUCGAAAAAGCAUUCUUAAAUGUAGGAUUAGAAGAGGAAGACAGAGAUGUUACAAGAUUCUUCUGGUUUGAUGAACCCACAAAUCCUAAUGGACAGUUAGUGAACUACAGAUUUAAAUCUGUCUUAUUUGGAGCUACUUGUUCCCCAUUCAUUUUAAAUGCUGUUCUGAUGAAGCAUUUAAAGGAGAAUGCAUCUACAUGGACACAGAAGUUAACAGAAAACCUUUAUGUUGACAACAUAAUUUCAAGUUUUCCAACAGAAAAUGAAUUAAUUUCAUUCUACAACUGCUCUCGUACUUUGUUUGCCAAAGCUGGAUUUAACCUUCGAUCAUGGGGAUCAAACAGUGAAAUCCUACAAGAGCAUGCUAAGAAGGAUGGAGUGUUAGACAAGGACAGUGUUGUCAAAGUUUUAGGAAUGAAAUGGAAUGUCAAAGAGGAUACUCUAACCUUUGCUAAACAAGAAAUAGCCAACACAAAGAAAAACACUGUAACAAAAAGAGAAGUGGUGAAACAAUCUUCAAAAAUAUAUGAUCCUUUAGGAUAUAUUAGCCCGAUAACAGUCAAGGCAAAGAUGUUUAUUCAAGAGUUGUGGAAAAAGAAAAUAGACUGGGAUCAAAAACUGCCACAGGAACUAGCUGACAAGUGGAUUGAAAUUGCACAGAACACGGAAAAAGCUACCUCCUUGGAAAUACCUCGUAUGUGUAUUCAUGAAAACCCACCAGAAACGACUGUACACAUUUUCAGUGAUGCAAGCAUCAAGGCCUACGGAGCAUGUGCAUACAUUGUUUCAGGAGACCAAAGUUCACUAAUUAUGGCCAAAAACAGAGUUGCCCCAUUAAAAACACUUACAAUACCUAAACUGGAAUUAAUGGGAGCAUUACUUGGAGCUAGAUUAUUAAAAUUCAUCAAGAAAAACAUCCAGUUUUCAGAAGCAGUCUUAUGGACAGACAGUCAAAUUGUCUUGAGCUGGUUGGAAACAACAAAAACUUUGGGUACAUUUGUGAGGAACAGAAUACAAGAAAUCAAGAAGUUAACUGAACAGUACAAAUGGAGAUACUGUCCAACAACCUCAAAUCCUGCUGAUAUUUUAUCUCGCGGUACUGACUUCGACAGAUUUAGGAAGAAUGAAUUGUGGUCAAAAGGACCAACUUGGAUUACUGACACAAACAAGUGGCCCAUAUAUGACAAAACAGAAAGUCAUAUUCUUGCAAACAUAACAGAAUCUGAGAAAUGUGGAUACCAGGAAGAAGACUCACAAGAAAAGAGAAACGUCAAGCUUGGCGCCAGAGAACAAAAAAUUUCAGAAAUUAUUGAUAUCUCAAAGUUUAACAAUUACAGAAAAUUGUUGAAUGUUACCUCUUAUGUCCUAAGAUUCAUACAAAACUGUUCCAAAAAACAAAAAGUUACAGGUCCACUGACAGUCUCAGAAAUUGAACAAAGCUCACUGAUAUGGAUUAUAAAUGCUCAACAGAAAAACUAUCCAGAUAUUUUUGGAGAAUUACAAAGAGAUGGAAAAUCUAAAAAUUGUCUAUCAAAACAACUGAAAUUAUAUCUAGACAAUGAGGAACUGAUCCAAUGUGGAGGGAGAAUACAAAAUGCACCAAUCAGCAAAACAGCAAAGCAUCCAAUACUCCUACCGCCAAAUGAUCAACUGACCACAUUGAUUAUUUUAGAUGCACAUAGAAGAAAUUUGCACUCAGGUGUCAAUAGUACAGUCACAUUGUUGAGACAGAAUUACUGGAUACAAAGAAUUCGCCAGAGUGUAAAAUCUGUAUUGCGAAAAUGCAUUACAUGCAGAAAAAUCAUGGGAAAACCUUAUCCUAUUCCAGAAGCGCCGCCUUUACCUAAAGACAGAUUGAGAGAAGAACCUCCUUUUACUGUAACUGGUGUGGACUUCACUGGUGCCCUGAAGGUACGAAAAAAGAAUGGACAUGAAGGCAAAGUAUACAUAUGUCUUUUCACAUGUGCUAGUACAAGAGCUGUCCACCUGGAACUGGUAACGGACCUCACUGAAGAACAAUUCAUUUUAGCCUUUAGAAGAUUCUCCAGCAGGAAAUCACUUCCAAAACUUAUGAUAUCUGACAAUGCAACCACCUAUGUUGCUUCUUCUAAGGAAAUUGAAAAGUUAACAUCUUCACACAGUCUACAAGAAACCUUAAACACCCAUGGUACAAGAUGGAAGUUCAUACCUAAGAGAGCACCCUGGUAUGGCGGAUUCUGGGAAAGACUAAUAGGACUCACAAAGAACUGCCUAAAGAAAGUACUGGGACGAUCCUUUGUGAAUUUAGAUGCCCUAAACACAAUCAUUGUAGAAAUUGAAUGCAUUCUGAAUGACCGUCCUCUAACGUAUGCAUCAGCCGACCCAUUGGAUGAAGACCCGUUAACACCAUCUCAUCUACUAUAUGGUAGGAAAAUCAGGUCAUUACCUUAUCCUGGGAGUUCUAUUGAUGUACAUCUAACAACUGAUUUGAACCACUCAUCUGCAAACAAAGCGUACAAUAUUCAACAGCAAACUAUUCAACACUUUUGGGAACGUUGGAGAAAGGAGUAUUUAACGUCCUUGAGAGAAUAUCAUCGCAUCCAUGGAAAAAAUAAACAAAACAUUCAGGUGGGGGACAUAGUUCAAAUUUAUGAUGAGAGAAUGUUGUGA